CCGCUCCCGCCCGCCGCCGCUCCAAGGCGCUGGUGCAGGGCGCGGGCGAGCCUGCUGCCCCGGUUACCCGCACAACACUGCCACCUCGGGUUACCCUGCCCCUCCCGCAGCAGGGACGCCAUGGAGGGCUCCCUGCACCGAGUCUCCUUCGGGAACCAGCGCGCCCGCCGGGACCUGUCCUUCUACCUCUCCACCUUUGGUCAGCUGAAGCUGUCGAUUGACACCAAGGACCGGGUCCUGCUGCUCCACAUCAUAGAAGGGAGAGGCCUGAUUAGCAAAGAGCCCGGCGUCUGUGAUCCCUAUGUGAAGGUUUCCUUGAUCCCCGAAAACAAUCGAAUGCGCUUUCAGAAGACGCAGACCAUUCCAGACUGCAGAAACCCUGCUUUCCAUGAACACUUUUUCUUUCCUGUCCCUGAAGAGGAUGACCACAAGCGUCUUCUGGUUACCGUGUGGAACAGGGCCAGUAAGACCAGGAAAUGUGCACUCAUCGGCUGCAUGAGCUUCGGGGUGAAGUCCCUCCUGGCUCCGGAUAAGGAGGUCAGCGGCUGGUACUACCUUCUGGGGGAGGACCUCGGUCGGACCAAGCACCUGAAGGUGGCCAGACGGCGGCUGCGGCCCCUGAGAGACCCGCUGCUGAGAAUGCCAGGAUGUGGGGACCCCGACAAUGGGGAGGAAUUCGAGAUCACCAUCCCGAGGGGCAAAGACGGCUUUGGCUUCACCAUCUGCUGCGACUCUCCAGUCCGAGUCCAGGCUGUGGAUUCUGGAGGCCCGGCAGAGCGGGCAGGGCUGCAGCAGCUGGACACGGUGUUGCAACUGAAUGAAAGGCCGGUGGAGCACUGGAAAUGUGUGGAGCUGGCACAUGAGAUCCGGAGCUGUCCUGGUGAGAUCAUUCUGCUGGUGUGGCGCAUGGUUCCCCAGAUCAAGCCCGGGCCAGAUGGCGGGGUCCUACGGCGGGCCUCCUGCAAGUCAACGCAUGACCUCCAGUCACCCCCCAACAAGAGGGAGAAGAACUGCACCCACGGCGCCCAGGCACGACCGGAGCAGCGCCACAGCUGCCACCUAGUGUGCGACAGCUCAGAUGGGCUGCUGCUCGGUGGCUGGGAGCGCUACACGGAGGUGACCAAGCGUGGGGGCCAGCACACCCUACCUGCGCUGUCCCGCGCCACUGCCCCCACCGACCCCAACUACAUCAUCCUGGCCCCGCUGAACCCUGGGAGCCAGCUGCUGCGGCCUUUGUACCAGGAGGACACCAUCCCCGAAGAAUCAGGGACUCCCAGUAAAGGAAAGUCCUACACGGGCCUGGGGAAGAAGUCCCGGUUGAUGAAGACAGUGCAGACCGUGAAGGGCCACGGGAACUACCAGGACUGCCCUGUCCUGAGGCCGCAUGCCACGCACUCAAGCUACGGCACCUAUGUCACCCUGGCCCCCAAAGUCCUGGUGUUCCCCAUCUUUGUACAGCCCCUAGAUCUCUGCAACCCUGCCCGGACCCUCCUGUUGUCGGAGGAGCUGCUGCUGUACGAGGGGAGGAACAAGGCUACCCAGGUGACGCUGUUUGCCUACUCGGAUCUGCUGCUCUUCACCAAGGAGGACGAGCCUGGUCGCUGCAGUGUCCUGAGGAAUCCCCUCUACCUCCAGAGCGUGACGCUGCAGGAAGGUUCUUCAGAAGACUUGAAAUUCUGUGUGCUGUAUCUAGCAGAGAAGGCAGAGUGCUUAUUCACUUUGGAGGCGCACUCGCAGGAGCAGAAGAAGAGAGUGUGCUGGUGCCUGUCGGAGAACAUCGCCAAGCAGCAACAGCUGGCAGCGUCGCCCCCGGGGAGGAAGAAACUCCACCCUUACGGCUCUCUCCAGCAGGAGAUGGGGCCAGCCAACUCCACCAAUGCUACCCAGGAUAGAAGCUUUACCUCAUCAGGACAGACUCUGAUUGGCUGAGCAAACCCAAGGGCGGGACUCUGCUUCUGGCAACUUAACCCUUUCUGGGGCGUCCCCUACCACACAGUAACCUCACCUCAACUGGACCCAAAACAGAGGACCAAGAUGGUGGGCCUAGGGUCAUCUGAAGGGAGCAGUCCCGAGGGUAUGUGUGGACUGGCAACGGGAGCAGUGGCGCCAGAGGCCCCCGGCGCAUGUGCAGACCGGUGGCAAGAGGCCCAGAUGGAAAGACUCAGAAGCUCAUUCCCUCCAAGGAGAAGGAGACUAAACGGCAUCCGGGCACCUGCGCCAAGGUCGCCCUGGUGGACAAGGUUGACCCUCCGUGGCCAGAAGUUGCCUCUACCCAGUCACUCGUUUUCAUCUGGACACAUUCGUGCGUUCAUUCAUUGGAUAUCUGGGGUCAUCUCCUCUGUGCCAGGCUCUGUGCUAGGAGCUUGGGGGGUACUAUGGAGAACCAGGUGGAUGUGGCCACUUCUCUUAUCCAGAUUCUAGUCCUAGCAGGGAAGGAACCUUAAAUAAAUCACCGCCGACAGGAGCUCACAGCUGGGAGAAUCUGUGCAGGAAGCUAACGGAUGCCUCUAGAGGGCGUUGUGUCCAGAUGGCUCUGCGGGGACAGGAAAGUGGAGGGCAAAGGAAUAAGCCAGCCAAGGUCUGAGAGCAUGGUCCAGGCCGAAGGCGCAGCAUGUGGAGGACUCCUACCAUGGGAGCGUGGAGUGCUGCCCCUAGUGGUGAGGGCCAGCCGGGGCAGGACUUAGGCAGUGUUUUGUUGAUUUCAUUCUAGAUACAGUGGGAGCCAUGGAGGGCUUUUGAGGAAGGGAGUCAGAGCCUCAGGUACAUUUCUACAAGGUCAGAUUGUGGAUAGUGGGGCCCAAGAGGACGUAUGAGGUCAGUUAGGGGUCCCUUCAGUCCUCUGGGUGAGGGACGAUGGUUUGUCCUGGAGGGUGACUGGGGUGGUGGGCAUGUGAAUGCCAGGUUCUAGGAUGAGAAGAGAUGGUUCCCUGGCCCCCGCCCCUGCCCCACCACCCGCCCUUAUCUUCCAGCACAUCUUGUUUUCUCAGUGGUGUGAGCCAGGUUUGGAACCUUCCUCAGAAAGCUGCCUGCUGGCCAGGCCUGGGCUGAAUUCUGGAGCGUUCCUGGAGGUGGGACCAGUGAUGCUCAGCCUGGCCAAGGUGGGAAGGUUCAAAGCCCCCAGACCUUGGCAGGGAUUGCCCGUGUAGCCCCUCCAUCCUAUGCUGAGUGGUCUCAUGGGAAACUGGAACCCAGCUCUGGACAUGCUUGGUUUGCUUUCUGUAGAGCUCCUAAGGGUCAGGGCCUACAGGCUGGGUGUGGCUCAGGAACUCUCAUAGACUGUCCUAGAAGACUCACUGAGGGGCAAUGAUGGGAGCCCAUCCUGUGGGCUGCCUGCCAUAGCCCCUGCUGGAGCUCAGGGUGAUGCAGCUCUCAUACCCCUUUCUAUGCCAAGGUCAUAGGUCUGAGGGACAACACUCCUGUACAAAAGGGUACGUGUAAGACCAGCAUCAUUUGUGAAGGAAAAGGGAACUGAGAGGCUGGAGAUAUGGCUCUGGCCAGAGAAGCCCCUGCCCUUGGAUACUCUCUGUGUUGUCAGUGUCUUUAGAGAAGGUUCCUGUGCCCUUGUGAGUUUGCACAGCUGCUGUGGCCACCUGAAUCCCCAGAUUGGUAGCUUAGAAGAGGAUAUGCCCCUUACCUUCCAUGUUCCCUCUUCCCAGUGUAAGGAAGAGCAGACGUGCUGAAUCAGCAGCCUACUGGGGGGGUGGGAUAGAUCUGCUGGUGACCAGGCUAAUGCCCCUGCCCAGGAGGGAGACAGACGCUGCCUGGACUGGGAUACUCAGCACCUCUGCCAGCCAGGGCUCGGCCCGCAGGGCGAAUGGAGCAGGGAGCAGCUGGGUCUGCACAGACAGCAAGCUGCACUUUGAUUUCAUUUGAUUCCCUCACAAAAUGACAUUAAGGGGAAUGGGAGGCACGAGAGAAUCGCCUGUCUGGGAAGGCAGCAGGCUUGUCUCCCCUGGGCCUGGUGACCCAGCUCUGUCCAACAGACAGGUGCAGAGGACAGGAGCUCUGGCCACAGAGAAAUGGAGACUCUGAACACAGUACCCAGACCCCGGCCGGGGCUUGCCUUCCAGCUUGUCCUGAUGAGCUAAUAGGCGGAGCAUGCUCCCAUCGGGUCCAGGGCGGGGAAGCGGACCUGUGCUGCUGGUGGGCCUGGGCUGCCCAGCGACUGCGGUGAGCCACAGUGCCAUUGCUGCUCUGCCUUGUGAAUCGAUGCAACAAUUAAUUUGGCUCCAUGGGCUCCAGAAGAUGAAAUAUGACCUGGUGGCCACCGCUCUUCUGCAUCCCAGUCCAUCCCAGCCGUUCAAGAUGGUGCACAGCUAUCCAAAUCACAUCUGAGAGUCAUAAUCACGGGAAACGUGGCCGGCCCCUCCCCACCGCAUAAAUCACGCUAAGAAGCACACAAUGGCCUCUUUCCUGAUGGGCCAAUUGUCUUGGUUUGGUGUCUUGGGCCCAGGAGCUGGGAGCAUGGGAGCACAACCAUUUAUUGUUGAAAAGGCCAUCUGUGUCAUUUGAAUACAAAGUGACCCUUUUAGUUCCCCCACACACCCUCUGAUCCUGUUUCAUGGUUUCUUAGGUCUCAGGCUCCGGCUCUUUUGAAACACUCAUCUCUCCUGUAAGCUAUCAUGCCUGGAUCUUUGAGCCCCUUUAGGAGUUGGGACAACAUGGACCUUUGGGAAAUAAUGACAUUUAUUUGUGUAUGUCUUGUUGUUUUAUUCUUUAAUUUAUCUCCCUAAAUUCUGCCACCAAAGCCCUCGUUUGUCACACAUAGCACCAAGGCACCAAAAGAAUUCUACAAAGUAAAGGUGCAGGUAAUUUUGGGAGGGUUUCUCACAGUGAUAACGUAAGAUUUGGAAAUGGCACCUGGGGUCCCCAGGCAUUAUGUCCCCUGGGCCUUUUGGAUGAGAGAGCCCUACCCUCUGAGAAGAAGUUAAGUGAUUUCUCUUAGGUCACACAGCUGGUAAGGGACCCAACCAGCCCUCAAGCUAAGACUGAACCAGUCCUCCAGUCUGAUGGAUCACUCUUUCUAGAGGCAAAAAUUUGCUUUCAGGAUUAGAAGUAAGAGAAGUCAUUGACCUCCUCCAGGAGGAAGCAGGAGGGGGCUAUCUGUGUGUCAGAAGCUGUGGCCCCGCUAGCUGUUGUGGGGAUGCUUUGGGGACAAGUACAAUGAGAGUCCUUAUUCUCUGCUGAUUGAAGAAGAAACUUCCAGUAUUCAUUUCCCUAUGGGGUGGCACAGGCUGAAAAGAUCAAUCUUUUCCCAAAAGAUUGGAAUCAAGUCUGAUGUGAAAGGCAGACUGAGCUCCUAAGACGGGUUCUUGGGGCACUGGGAAUGACUGGGUUAUGCCCCUUCCCCUCUGGAGCCUGGCAUUCAAGAGGAUCCGCAGGCACAGCCCUGGGGCCCAGGCAGGAAGGCCUGGUGGAGCAUCUGUACGGCUGGAGGCCUUGACCUGAGCCAGCUGAGAACAGAAGGGGAGGGCCUGCCUGGGCUGAUGCCUCUGCUAGGUUUUGUGCUAAUUGACUGAUUUAAGGUCUCAACCGUUGGGCGAGCGGAGAUCAAAUGGAUUGGAUUUUAGCUUUUCCCUCAAAGAGGCAGACCGUUUUCUCCAACAAGCUCAGCUCUUUCCAGAUGCCCUUGGGUUCUCCUCCCUCCCUGGCUGCUGGUCUGGCUGUGGGUGGACCGUCUUCUCGGUCUUGCUCCUGGGGUCUGCCAUCUUGCUAUUCUUUUGUCACUCUCAAGGAACAGAGCCUCGUCUCACCCUCUAUUCUGUCUCAGCUGUCUUCUCCCAAGCCUGUCUCUGAAGCCUGUCUGCUGCCUGCCGUCCUCCCAACUGGUCCCAGAUCUUGGUCUAAGGUUAGAAUGAUAACACUAGGUAAUUUUAUGAGCACUCACACUGUGAGCCAGGCACAGUGCCCAGAUUUGACGCACGGUAUCUCUUUUAAUCCUCACUUCGGUAUUAUGAGCUUCAUUAUUCUGUUUCACAUUGACUCCCAUUAUGCCCAGUAUAUAGUCUCAGAGGAAUUCAGAAACUUGCCCAAGGUCACACAGCUGGUGGGUGGCUCAGAUUGCAACCCAGGUAGCCCAGCUCCAGAACCCUGGCUUUGGAUGAUUUGGUUCUAAUGCUGCUUUCCUGCAACCACAGACCAUCCCAGCUGGGAAGGGCUGGGGUGACUGGGCAGUCACACUCCUGCUUAAAAGCCAUCAGGGAGGCCAUUGUCCUCAGAAUAAAGCCCAGGUCUCUAUGUUCUCCUGGCUGCUCUUCCCUUUUGCUUUGCCCCUGAGCCUGGCCACAGGGGGCUAUGUCCCCUGCUCCAACGUCCCAGUGCCCAUUCAUGUAUAGGCUUUCCUCCUGCUUGAUGCUGCUUUACCUCUGUGCUGUCUGUGCUGGCUUCCAUCUUCAACCUUCAAGGCUUAGCACCUCCUCCGAGACCCCUUUCUCAGGCACACAUCAGAAGCCGCUGCCUCCCGCCGUAGCGCUUUCCCAGAGGAGUUUCAUACUGAGCGUGGUCUAUCAGCAGAGCUCUCUCUUGCAAUAUUACAAGCCCCUGUGGGGGGGCAAGUGGAGGCCAUGUUUUAUUUGUCUUUUGCUGUUGUCUGGCCCACAGUAGGUGCGCAGUAGAUGUUGUAUUGGGCUGCCCAGUGCAACCCUCUCAUGUUCUGGAAAUUAGAGGAGGAAACAGGAUCCAAAAGGGGAAGUGACCUGGCCAGGGUCAUGGGCAAGUUAGCAUCAGAGCCAGGGCUAGAACUUCAGGUCAGAGGACUCUCUUGCUCAGAGCUCUUUUUAUUGUCCUACCCCUUGCUUUGCAGAUACCAGGGCAGGGCUGAAGUCCCAAGGGGUUUAUGAGGCAAUCUAAUCAGAUUCACGUCAGAGUCAAGGGUAGCAACCAUGUUCCCAGGCUGACCAGAGUCUCCUGACCAGAGGGAAAGGAAGCCUAACCAGAGCUGCUAUUAUGGUUCUCUUCGCCACGUUUUAGGGCUCCCCCCUCUCACUUGUCUCGUGGAAAACCAAAGUAGAAUUCCAAUGCUCUUGGUUCAAAUACUGACUUCGCUGGUACUUACUAUGUGACCUUGGGCAAAUUGCUUCUCAUCUCUAAUCAUCCAUUUCCUUACCAAGAAAAAUGAAGGAGUUGAACUUUAAUGGUCUCCAGGAUUCAUCAAAUUCCAAACUAUUCAGAUAGAACCACAACGUUCAGUAUAGAGUAGCUGCCUCCUCCAAGAGGAUAGAGCCCUUGAUGGACAGCUGGAACUAGUUCAAGUUCUUCAUCAUUGUCACUGUCUCCAGACACACACCUGAUCCCUUGGGACAGUUCCACACUGGAUUCCAGAGGGGAGAAUGGGCAGGAAGCCUCAGGACUCUUAAGAGGAAGAAAGAGCAGACAUCAGAGAGUAUGUGUGUGGAAACACUCACAUGUACUGGGUUAAUAUCCAUCAUGCACUCAUAACUCAAGGUUUGCUUGUGGAUCUUAUACCAGUCAGGGUCCUCAUCACAGAUGCCCAAAAUUAAACCCACACCUGCCUCCAUCUCACUCAGGGCCACCUCUUCUAGGCUCCCCGGGAGGCCAGCCCAAGGAGCUCUCAGCCUAGAAUCUUCCCCUCCCUCCUUCCCUUCUGCUCAGGUGGCCUGGCACACCCAGGAAUCGUUCGAACUUCACAGCGACAGGUGCACAUGAGUGUCUUUAACCUUACCAGCUCUGGUCUACAGCAUCAGGCUGACUUCAAGUGGAAUUGAUGGUCAUCAGUGUGCAGUGCUCAGUUUUUGGAGGGGUCGGAAGUCUCUCUCUCCUGCAGACCCUUCCCCAGAAGUUGUCGUGGACUUGUUUCAUUGCCCUUAACAUCUGUCCCUUAUCCCUCAGACAAUACUACUGAAGAUAAAUUUUCUUAAAAGGUGUCUUUUAAACAUUAGUGCUUUUCCAUUUGAGUUUAAUUCUAUUAUUGCAAAUUUAGUUUUCUACCAUUUUUUCCUCCAUGGAAGAACAUUAAGGGAAAAGUAGCCCAGGAAGAUGGCCAUGAUUUAUGACACAGUUUCCAAUGGAAAGUACAUUCUAUGGUUAACCCCCAGAAGACUUUGGGACCACAACCCAGCACAUAUCCCAAAGCAGAGAAGUCAGUAUUUAUGUUGAAUAACUAGAAUUAACCAUAAACUCUUCUAAGGUGUCUCUAAAAUAAAUAAAUAAAUAAAUAAAUAAAUAAAUAAAUAAAUAAAUAAAUAAAUAAAUAAUCCUCCCGUGUUCCCUACUGAGGUCAAUUGAUUAACAAAGUGAUUUACAGAAACCAAACCAACUGGGAGGUAAGACUUGGCCAAGGGCACAUAGCUGGUACCAGGCUUUUGAAGAUUCUGCUGGGUUGGGGGCACGGAGCAGGGCACAGAUGGUCUUAGAUGGCUGUCCUCGUCUCUCAGCAAUGCACAGAGUUGUCAUUAAGAAAAUACAAGCCACUGUUUUGGCUGUAAUGGAAAAGUGAGAAACCAGGCCAGCUAAUGGCUUAGGGAGAGGUUGUCUAGUGGCCGGCUUGUCUAGAAAUUCCUGGCAUGUUCUUGCUGGAGCGGAAUGAAUGGGCCCCUGUUUUACCUGGAGCUCCAAGGGUGGGGGCGGGCUGGUGGAGGUGAGGCGUUCCCCUGUGGUCUGUUCUAAAAAUAGAAGUGGGAACUACAACUGAGGGAAGAGGAGGGGGCCCCUUUGGGAGCAGGGUGGAGACUCCUGGCCCCCUUCCUCUUCCUGCCGGGGCCCUUGGUGAGGAAGUCCCACAGAGUCACAGAAUUCAGGUCUGGGAGGGUCCUGGAGCAGCAGCCCUCCCCUCCCCCACCCUCCCCACCGGGAGGCCCUGGAGGCCCAGGGCUGGAGGACUGGCCUGCAGUCACUUAGUCUGGGGAGAAGUUUCCAGAGGAAGGCGGUCUUUCUCCUGCUGUUUCAGAGGGCAGCCUGAGACCUUGCGAGGUUUUCUCUCGCUGCCUCUGGGCUCACGGGGCCUGGGAACUCCUGCUACCGGAUGUAGUCGGGCUUCCUGAGUGUCGCCUGGCAGGCGAGGAGUCCCCCGGUUAGUCCACUCUGUGCCCUGACCUCGGUCAGCGCCAGGCCUUCCCCUUUCUGAUGUCCCCUCCCUUGCUGACUUGUCACCUCCUGCACUCUCUGCAGGGAGGAGGAGCAUAGAACUGGCCUCAGGAGUGAGGCUUCUCCCCUUGGGGUCUUUCUCUGCCCUUCCCUGGGAACAGGCAGAAGAGGCAGCUAGAGGCAGAGGGGCCAGGGGUCCAGGGCCUCUGUGGGCACUAGUAGCUGUAGGGUUAGUACAAAAUGAGGCAAGAGCACACACGAACACCUGUCACGCUGACUCUUGUGAUGAUCAGAGGGUGGUGGUGAGAACAUCUCUUACAACGCUAACAGGAGAGGCUGUCAUGACGUGGAACAGCGAACACAGGUGUGACUCUGUCACCCCCUAACUAGGGGCCUCGUCCCUUGGGGGCAUGGCAGGAUUAUUAGUAUAAUUUCUCAUGCAGUUGACUUUUUUUUGGAUUGUAAAAGAGAUUCAUGUCAUUUACGUUUAUGAUAAAGAAUAGAUUUAUACAGAUGAACCAGGAGAAGGAAAUGAGCCUAAUCCCAGCACCCAGAGAUAACCACGGUUAACUUUGGGGGGGGGUUAACUUGUCAGGCAUUUGUUUACACACAUAUAUAUCUUAUUUGCAAAUUGGGGUUACUGGUGCAAUUUCCUAACCUGCUUUCUUCCGUGUAGUAGAUCCAUGUUGUUCUUAACAACAUCAUUUUUAUUUAGUGCCUGCAGAGUAAUUCAUUAUGUAGAUCAAACAUGCUUUAUUUAAACCACCUCCAGCAGGUCAACGUUCAAGUGGUUUCCAGUUUUUCCUUGUUACAAACACCUGAGAUAAAAAUCCUUGUAGAUAAAUGUUGGUGUCCCCAGCUUUGGGCUCAGCAUCCAGUUUGACUCUCAAUAAAUAAUUGUUGAAAGAA